AUGGCCAAAGAGUUUGACAGAUGUUGCUGUGGUCGAUUGUCCAGUCAGCAUGUGGGCCUCUUAUCGGGUUCAGCUGUUAAGAAUGAAGAUGAUACAGUGGAGGGGGAGAAGUGGUCAGUGACCAAACAUACACAGGCUUCACCUACAGAUGCAUAUGGUGUAAUCGAAUUCCAAGGAGGAGGUCAUAGCAGCAAAGCCAUGUAUACACGUGUCUCCUAUGACACCAAGGCAGAUGCACUGCUUCAUCUGAUGGUUCAUGAGUGGCAGUUGGAACUCCCAACUCUUCUCAUCUCAGUGCAUGGAGGUCUGCAAAACUUUGAUCUACAGCCCAAACUUAAACAGGUUUUUGGCAAAGGUUUGAUCAAAGCAGCUGUCACUACAGGAGCCUGGAUCUUCACUGGAGGCAUUAGCACAGGUGUGAUGCGCCAUGUGGGAGAUGCACUGAAAGAGCACUCCUCUAAAUCUAGGGGGAAAGUGUGUGCCAUUGGAAUUGCUCCCUGGGGAAUUGUGGAAAACAAGGAGGACCUCAUUGGUCGAGAUGUUACUCGCCCAUACCAAACAAUGUCAAACCCACUGAGUAAGCUCUCAGUCUUAAACAACAGCCACUCACAUUUUAUCCUGGUGGAUAAUGGAACUCAUGGUAAAUACGGUGCAGAAGUACGACUACGCAGACAACUGGAGAAACACAUAUCUCUCCAGAAGAUCAACACACGUCUGGGGCAGGGAGUGCCUCUGGUGUGCCUGAUUCUGGAAGGCGGUCCUAAUGUGAUCUCCAAUGUUUGCGAGAGCCUGCGGGAGGAGCCUCCCGUACCUGUUGUGGUGUGUGAUGGGAGUGGCCGAGCAUCUGACAUUAUCUCAUUUGCUCACAAAUACUCAGAGGAGAAUGGGAUGGUUAGUGAGGGUGUGAGGGACCAACUGCUGGUUACCAUACAGAAAACAUUCAACUACACCCGCAGUCAAGCCCAGCAAAUGUAUGCCAUGGUGAUGGACUGCAUGAAAAGACGAGAACUGAUUACAGUGUUCCGCAUGGGUUCCGAAGGUCAACAGGAUAUUGAGAUGGCCAUACUUACUGCACUGCUAAAAGGGACUAAUGCCUCUGCUUCGGACCAGCUGAGCCUGGCUCUGGCCUGGAACAGAGUUGAUAUUGCCCGCAGUCAGAUUUUUAUCCACGGCCACAACUUGCCUCCAGGGGGUGCCCUACCCAGCACAAUCACACCACAGGUCGAAAAAACAAAGAGCCCAGCAGCUGUGCGUGCCGGCAGAGGCAAGCCAGCACGUGGAAAGAAGACCAAGGGAGGCAAGGCUAAGCCAGAACCUCCAGAAGAGACUGAUCCACGCAAACUGGAGCUGCUCAACUGGGUAAAUUCUCUGGAGCAAGCCAUGAUGGAUGCAUUGGUGUUUGACAGAGUGGAUUUUGUUAAACUGCUUAUUGAGAAUGGAGUGAACAUCCAUCACUUUCUCACUAUACCACGCCUGGAGGAGCUCUAUAAUACGAGACUCGGGCCUACAAACACCUUGCAUUUUGUGGUCAGAGAUGUGAAAAAGGGAAACCUCCCUCCAGAUUAUCAAAUUACUCUCAUUGACAUUGGAUUGGUCCUGGAGUUCCUGAUGGGAGGAGCAUAUCGUUGUCACUAUACCCGUAAAAGUUUCCGUACCCUCUACAACAAUCUCUAUGGCCUGAAACGGCCAAAAGCAUUGAAACUUCUUGGGAUGGAGGACGACGACCCACAUCCAAAAGGGAAGAAGAAAGGGAAGAAGAGAGAGGAGGAAGUUGACAUUGAUGUAGAUGACCCAGAGGUCAGCCGUUUUCAGUAUCCCUUCCAUGAACUUUUGGUGUGGGCCGUGCUAAUGAAGCGCCAGAGGAUGGCACUGUUCCUGUGGCAGCGUGGUGAGGAGGCCAUGGCUAAGGCUCUGGUGGCCUGUAAGCUAUACAAAGCCAUGGCACACGAGUCUUCUCAGAGUGAACUGGUUGAUGACAUCUCACAGGACCUGGAAAACAACUCCAAGGAAUUUGGCCAGCUUGCAUAUGAGCUGUUGGACCAGUCCUACAAGCACGAUGAGCAGGUGGCUAUGAAACUGUUGACAUAUGAGUUGAAGAACUGGAGCAACUCCACUUGUCUGAAGCUGGCGGUGGCUGCCAAACACAGAGAUUUCAUUGCCCACACCUGCAGCCAGAUGCUUCUCACUGACAUGUGGAUGGGUUGCUUUCGGAUGGGGAAGGUUAAUGGCCUGAAGGUGAUCCUGGGUAUUGUGUUUCCACCAUACAUUUUGCUCCUGGACUUCCGCAUUGGAGAUGAUAUAGCCUACCAACAUUACAGUUUGUCUGAGGAAAAGAAUGCCACAGAGGAUGACAACAAAUCUAGCAAGGAAGGGAACACAGAUUCUCUUUCUAAAAAGGAGGAUGAGGAGAACACUGGUAAGAAGAGAAGGCGUGUCCCCAUUGGGAAAAAGAUAUAUGAGUUCUACAAUGCGCCCUUCACCAAGUUCUGGUUCAAUACUACUGCCUAUCUUGUGUACCUCAUGCUGUACAACUACAUCAUCCUAGUGAAGAUGGAGCGCUGGCCUUCACUGCAAGAACUGAUUGUUAUCGCCUAUAUUAUCACUCUGGGACUUGAAAAACUUCGCCAGAUUCUCAUGUCAGAGCCUGGUAAACUAAAGCAGAAGAUAAAUGUGUGGCUUGAAGAAUAUUGGAACAUCACGGACCUUGUAGCCAUUUCAGUAUUUCUGCUUGGCUUGUUGCUCCGACUACAGAAUGAACCCUAUAUGGGGUAUGGCCGUGUGAUCUACUGUGUGGACAUCAUCUUCUGGUACAUACGUGUACUUGACAUCUUUGGUGUCAACAAAUAUCUUGGACCUUAUGUCAUGAUGAUUGGCAAGAUGAUGAUAGACAUGCUAUACUUUGUGGUCAUCAUGCUGGUGGUGCUGAUGAGUUUUGGUGUGGCAAGGCAAGCCAUCCUUCACCCUGAUGAGGAACCAACUUGGCGUUUGGCCCGGAACAUCUUCUACAUGCCCUACUGGAUGAUCUAUGGGGAAGUGUUUGCAGAUUCCAUAGACCCACCUUGUGGAGAGAAUUUGUUUGAUGAAGAUGGUAAGAAACUUCCUCCCUGCAUUCCUGGAGCCUGGCUUACUCCUGCCAUCAUGGCUUGUUACCUGCUGGUGGCUAAUAUUCUAUUAGUCAACCUACUCAUUGCAGUAUUCAACAACACAUUCACACAGGUGAAAUCAAUCUCCAAUCAAGUGUGGAAGUUCCAGAGAUACCAACUUAUCAUGACAUUCCAUGACCGGCCAGUCCUGCCACCACCCCUGAUCAUAUUUAGUCAUAUGUUUAUUGUACUUAAACACAUCUGCUGCUGUGGCCACAAGAAAGAGGGGGAAUUGGACGAGCAUGACCAAGGACUAAAACUCAUCCUUAGCCCUGAAGAGUUGAAGAAUCUGUAUGAGUUUGAGGAGCAGUGUGUGGAGGAACACUUCAGAGAGAAAGAGGAUAAGGAGCAGUCCUCCAACAACGAGCGCAUCCGCAUCACAUCUGAGAGGGUAGAGAAUAUGUCUGUACGUUUGGAGGAGGUGAAUGAGCGAGAGCACUCCAUGAAAGCAUGCCUUCAAACAGUAGAUCUACGACUAGCUCAGCUGGAGGAGUUUGCUGGUCGUAUGAUGAAUGCUAUACAAAAGCUGGCAGGUUUGGAUCACAUUGACUUCCUUCAAUCUCACUCUAGAAAGUCCUCUAUCUGCGAUCCUGCAUCAUUAUGGCGACAUGGCAGCAUUCACAGUUGUGAUGGCUACAGUGUGCAUCAGCACCAUCCAGAGGCAGAAGAUCAGAAAAGAACUGAAGAGAAAAUGGGAUCAGAAACAAAGAGUUUAGAAGAAUUUCUAGUGAAAGAGUUGGGGCAGACACUGGAUUUGGUUUCAGCUAAUGAAGAGGAGAGAAAGAACAAAAUGUCUUGCUCAGACAUCACACCAUGUGGGUUGCACUCCAGUCCAAAACUAGCCACAAAACCAAACUUGCCACACAAACCACUUGCCACACUUUUGCCUACACCACCCAAAGCACAACAGGAAAGUGAUAGUCCUGUUGUUGUGAAGCAAAAACUAGAAGCAGCCUUAUCAUACCCUCUUGAACACACCAGAGCUUUGCAGCACUUUUCUUUCCAACAACUGACAAGACCCAUCAUCGGACACAUCUGCAAUAGUGAGACAGAAUUACAAGCCUGGGGAAAUGAUGACAGAUAUGUUAAGAAAUGGUUUAGCCAGCCACUGGCCACAACUAACAAAUCCAUCUCUAGGCCUUCUGUGUUUGAAUGCAGAAAACUUCCAAGCAAUUUAACAUCUCAAGCCAAUGUGGUCAAUACAACUCAGAAUGUGACAGCACAUACAUUUCAUAUAAAGGGAGGUAAUGGAGAAAUAGAGAAGGCCUUUACAGACAAAGACAGACAAAAUAAAACUGAGAAGAAAAUAGAACUUGACAUGAAAGGUUUGGUUUUUUCAGAGAAGUCAACCUUUUAUCAACCUUUACGUUCUAAAAGCUUGAAUGCUAAUCUCUGGAAAAUGAGGAACUCUUGUGAUAGUGUUGACCGGUCCUGCCGAUCAGCCAGUAGUGAGCAUAACCUCCCUGUAGCCUGUGAUGGAUGGCCCAAGCAGCAGUCUGACAGUCGAAAAAAGAAGAGAGAGGAAACUGACAGAGAGAGUUUGUUGAAAAAAUAAUUGUGUUUUUUCAAAAAUAACAGAUUUUAUUUCUUCACCUCUGUUCAGCCAGCUACCAUGUUGAUUUACUUUCAUUAUCACAGAUCCUAGUGUGUUUGCCUUCUGUUACUUGCAGUAGAAGCCACUAUACUCUGGUUUUUGGAAUAAGUUGAUAAUUUCAUACCAUUCCACAAGAAAACAAGAUGUGAUUUGUUUAUUAUGUUGGUGCUAUAACACAUUUUAUGUGGGAUAUUUGAGCUCACCAGGCCAUAUUUCCAUUUCCAUUCACCAUAUUUCUUUCUUCCCUUUUCUUUCCUGCUUUUAAGGCACCAUUAGUAGGGGGGCCUAUGUGUCUAAUUUGGGGGCUUGUGGGAUUCGCAUGUUAAUUUUUGGAGAGUAUUAUAUCUUUGU